AGUUGACGUACUCCUGUGAGUGUCAGAGAAAAACAGCAAAGUUUAACUUACUUCAAAACUUCCUAUAUCCAAGGAUAUUACCCGGCCAAUCUUUUCGCUGAAGCAAUCACACGCCCUGAAAGGAGAUGGUGAGGAGGCGAGGGGUCGAGCUGCUGCUGGUGCUGCUGGUAGCGGCGCAGGCAGCACUGCUGACGGGGGCGCAGCAGCAGCGCUGGAGGUGGCAGAGUAAUGAGACUGUGACCAGUGACGCUCUCGCAGGGUCGUCACAAACGCAGGAAAGACAAGAAAUUUACAGCCCAACUUCCAGCAAAAAAGACGCAGUCGAGGAUGGCAGAGAAAGUGGUUUGUCUGACGCGUCGCCGGCAGAGCAAGAAAAUUCAUUUGCACGCAAAGUAGGAAAACCGAGCAAGAAAAAUGUCAAGCCGGCUGCAGCCGAACCAAGAAUUUUCCACAAAAUCAGGGAAAAACUUUGUGGCCUUGGAUUCCAUGAGUGCGACGAUGGGUACGUUGAAGUUGAAUAUGUGCAACCCGUAUACGUACAGCCUGUGGGCGACCCUAUCCCCAUCCUGCCGUCGGAUAAGGGAGGAAAAGAUAAGGCUGAAGCCAUCGCCCAAAUCAAGGGGCAAAUACACAAUAAAGUCAAGGACAUCAAGAGCGCCUUGGCGUACAAGGCUAGUCAAAUCUUCGGCAAGGCGCAGUCCUACUUUGCUGCUAAGGCCAAGGGUAACGGUGGGGGUUACGAUGAUGGAGAUGGUUAUGGCGGUGGAAGUGCUUAUGGAGGUGGAGGUGGUGGCUACGGUGGCGGAGGUGGUGGCUACGGUGGCGGAGGUUACGGAAAUGGACACAGCAGCGGUUUUUCUGGCGGUUCAGGCAGCCAUGGAGGGGGUGGUUAUGGCAGCGGUGGAUUAGCUAUUGAUCUAUCAUACGGAGGAAGUGGAAGUGGAGGAGUAGGGAAUUAUGGAGGCGGAGGAGGCGGAGGAGGUUUUGAUGGUGGUGGAGGUGGUGGUCUCGGAGACUACGGAACAGGAGGUGGCACCGGAUACUCUGACAACCACAUUUCCUCGUAUUCAAGCAGCGGAGGCGGUGGAGGUGGUAGCUCAGGGUAUGGUCCUGGCGGGGGUGGCGGCUUCUUGGCCGCUGUGCCCAUUAAGGGCGACUACGGCCAUGGCCAUGGAGGGCAAAACAGUAUCGGAGGAUAUCAAGGAGGUAAUGUAUUUGGUGGAAGUGUGUCUGGGUAUGGUGGUGGAGGAGGAAGUGGUUAUGGCCAAAGUGGUGGUAGUGGUUACGGACAAGGGGGUGGUGGGGGUAGUAGUUAUGCGCAAGGUGGCGGCUUUCAUGGAGGAAGUGGAGGCUUCAGCCAAGGCGGAAAUUUCGUGGAUAAUGGAGGGAGCUAUGGCGGUGGUGGAGGAGGCUUCGGUGGCCACGUGGACAGCAGCUAUAGUGGGAACCGAAGAGGCAACGGUCACGGAAAUAAUUUCAAACGCGCUCCAGUUUUAGACAACGUUAUCCAUAGUUCUUAUUCAAGAAUAGAAGACGAGAACGAGUACAAUAAUAACCAAAUCUCAGGUUCAUCACUUGAUCCAAUAGGGUCUCAUGCAUCCGUCAAAUCAUCAGCAAACUCAAAACGCGAGACUAACCAAGGCGAAGUUGAUGGAUUUAAAGAUGAUCAAUUCCGACAUUAUCAGUCUUCUGAUGUUGUCGGGCAGAUCGAUGCAAAUCGAGAGAAAUCCCUUGAACCACAUCACUGUACAUGCGUGAACGAACAAGAAUGCCCCGAGCAUUUGGUUGUUGAUUUGACGUACCUUCAAAACGAUGUAGGUGAUUUUCAAGAUCCCAGAAGCUCACCAACAGAUGGAGAUAACGUUUAUGCUGUCUUUGACGAGAUGCCUUCACACACCAGAAGUAAACGAAUGUCCGAGCUGGACUAUGACUUUCCGGUCGACCAGCUGGCAGUGGAAACCGAGUCUACGGAGCAGCUGGUCUUCACUGGUCAUUUAAUCCAAAGUGAACGGAAAGAUGGAAGUUCUCCGCAUCGGAGAAGAAAACGACAGAGGCCCCUGAGGGAUCAGGCUAGGGAUAACAUAUUUCAGGUGGACUUCUCAGAACCUGAAUCGGUGGCAUUGCUGAGACUAGGAUCAGAGCACCGUAAUAUCCGAGUGAGGAGAUCAAGCACGACGAAAAACGACGAGACAGGUAAAACUGAAGAAAGUACAAAGGCAAAGACGACAAACAGCAAGACCGCCUCCACGACAACAGAAGAAAGCAGGGGAGAGCUUGCUGAGACUGCUGACAAUCCUGCUUCUCCUGGAGUGCAGCGAUUUUUUAAUAACUUCUUUGGAGGCUUUAAAGGCCUUGGAAGUGGAUUGGAUGGUAUCGGAAACGAUUUUGGCGGUUUCAAGCUGAAAGACAAGAUUGCACCUUCAUUUGGGGUCACUUUUGGCACCUUACCUAACAAUGUUCCGACACCCUUCGGUGGUUUCCGUGACAAUAAUCCAUUAGGACUUGACGUUGGACCUGUUUCAAUUAAUCCUUUCGUAGGCUUUAAAAUAGCAAAGCUGAAUGGAAAACCGUUAUUUGUCCCGUCACUAGAUUUGCUAGUCACGCCAAAUGCAAAGGGGACGAAAAAAAUUCUAGAUUUGAAAAAACGAAAAUAUAACCAAGGAGGAUACAGAGACGAUGUAUAUCUUGAAGAAGCUGUAGACUUUUCAACUCUUCCUUACUAUCCUGGACCAAGUCCACCACCUCAUCCCGGUUAUCCCCCUCAUACCUACCCGGGUCCUUAUGCUCCUCUCCCCAUUCCUCCUUCGUAUGAACCAUCACCAUAUCCCCCAGGGCAAUACGAGUCAUCGCCAUAUCCUCCAGAGCCGUACGCGCCCCAAGGUCCUUAUCAUACACCACCUGAACAUCCCCAGCAUGUCGUAGAACACCAGCCUUCUCCUUACCCCAUACCAGCGCCGGUGGAACCAGUGCCACCAAACGUCUACCCAAUUGGUCCUUCCCCACAGUACCACCAGCAAGGCCCUCACCUCUCAGAUCACCCAGCACAUCCUAGGCCUAUUGCAAACCCUUAUGAGGCAGCUGAACAAAAGCCAGGGGUACAAUUUCAUCACCAUAUUCACGAACACACGCACUUGCAUAAGGGUCUAGAAGGGUCGGGUGGUUACCCUGGCCACUUCCGAGAAGCCUCUUCAGAUGAAAAACCUUAUUUGCACACAAUUGAACAUCUGGGGCGACAAUUCCGAGCCACCGUCGCAACAAAUCCAAUGUCUCAGCAAACUUUCGCGACACAACAAACAAAUAAAAAGCUCAGUCCGAAUGAAGAAACUUUCAGGAUUUCAAGCUCUAGGCCCACGUCAUUGAGAACUCAAUCGUCCUCAGUUUUCAGACCUUCAUCCAUUAGAACUCAGCCACAAAACCGACCCCUGCCGACACGUCCAAAUUCAGAUAAUCCUCGCUGGGCUGUUGCGAGUAAUGUGAGAAAAAACAAGCAAGUCGAUGACGGUUCAGGAUCUUUUUCAUUUCCAAACGAAUAAAAAAUAUCAUAUAAUUGUACAUAACAUGACAUAACUCAUGCGCUUUGAAUCUGUAAUGCUUACCCUGAUUUCUUGUCUAACAUUUUGAUACUCACCCUUACCCUUGUCCCUUGCCUUUCUGGGCCCAAAGUCGUUCAAUCGCAUUCUUCAUAUAAUAAACGCGACUUCAUCAUUAAAUUCGUACACUCUACUAAUAUAUAUUGAAGUAUGUAAAUAUUGUAUUUAGUAACCUACAGUAACAUUACACAGAAAUAAAGUCCAAUUUUAUUUAUUCACCAACAUCAUCUAGUCAAACUUCAUCUUUUAUUUAAGAGAAUGCUUUGAAAACUGUGAUAUAAACAACGGAGCUCUAUAAAUUGGCAGAAUGAUAAUUUAAGGUUGAAAAAAUGGGCUGCUCUAUUGAAUAAAUCAGUGUUCAAUGUACAUUUUUUUAAUAAAAAAUAUUAACUAAUUACCAUUGGUGAUGAAUGUAUAAAUAGACAUAAAUUUCACAUAAACCUGGUAUGAUGAGUAUUUAAUACCUAAUUAGGAUAAAUAAAUCUAGCAUGGUAUAAAGACAAGCAUCAGAGAUGAUGCAAAGUACUAAGUUGCAUCAACAACGGCGUAAGCAAAUCAAUUGCCAAGCCUGCAUUGCCACGAAAUUCCAAUGAUUUUAACGAAACGUUUUCCUCCUAUAACGCUUUAACUAGGAUGUAAAUCAUACCGAAAUAUUAUAUAAACUUCAAUGCUUGACUUCAGCACAACUAACUGCUUGUCUUCAACUAACAGAUGAUCUCUGCAAACACGAGUCCGAUUUUUCCUCUGCCUGCAACACCAAGAAUUUUCACAAGCUUUUCAAACAUAUUUUCGAAGUUUCCUCUCGGUUUCCAGCUAAAAUAUCCUCAUGCUAAUCAACCUUACGUUCCUCUGUUACUCAGGCCGUUCAUAGUUCCAACGCAUAUUUCAUCACCCCAUUCUCCUCCUGCGGCAGAAAGUCCCAUUAUUAUUCAUCAUCAAGAAGCAUCAGAUACUUCAUUCUCAGAUGCCUCAGGGACACACGAUACUGAUCCUGAUAUUACACACUUGGCCAUACCUAACUCACACACAACACACGUAUCUCAUGGACGUCCAAAUCACGCUCCUACCCUUAACCCAUUUUCUGAUAAUAGUCCAAGUCAUCCGCACAAUCAGGAUGACAAUCAGAACACAGACAUCCAUAUUCAUUUUCUAACGGAUGAUCAUGAUGAAGCCGGUAUAAAAAAUAACUUCAAUCGUUUCUCGGGUUCCCUCCCGCGUCCGAUAGAUAAUUUGGACGAAGCUAGCAGUUCUACGAAGCAUACGACCUCAACUAUGCAGUACCACCCAACCCUGUUAGAGCCCUUACCACCUGCUCCAGUUGUAGUUCGCGCUAACACGGACGUUCACAUGAGUCUUGUGGACGCGAGGGCUUACGUUGUAAGGAUCAGGCAUCCAGAAGUCUCCGCUAUCUCAUUCUAUAAUCGAUCUCCAACCACGUUCAGGAUUCCUGAAGCUUUAGUCACUUUCAAUCCUCGGUUUACAACUAAACACGAUAUCAUCGCCAAUAUAUUAGGUAAAGAUAAGCAUGGAUUACGGUCUACCCUGAGCAGAAAUCCAUCAGUAAGCCAGCCAAGUCCACAAGGUUCCAAGCAAACUUUAUACCGCCCUUUGCUUGUCCCCACCAGGACAAGAAUAGAUAACAAACCAAGUGGUGCGAGUCGUACGCCAGUUCAGUAUAACAGAGCCAAUUUAUUCCAACCCAACAAUGGGCUUCACAAGAGGCUUAAUUCGACUCAGCCUCAUGGCUACAUCAUCUUCGAAGAACAUGGCGUCGGUCGCCAUGAUGGCUCUCAGUUCCCCAAUAAGAAUGUAAAUUCACAAUCGUACAAUAAUUAUUCCUCAUUAAACCUGCAAAAAGACACAAGUGGAGGCAUCAAAGAUGAGUCAUUGCCAAUUGACCCUCAAAAUUCCAACAUGACAAAAGCUUUAACAACGCCGAGCAGAAUAAUUUUCAACCCAAUUAUAUAUAAAACUGGUACAAUAAAAACAGACAUUUAUGAUGACACGGCGAUAUUGCGUGCGGAUUUUGUUGCUGACGACUGGUUCAGUCCGCUGGCGAUAUCUACAGUGAACGAUAAGAAAAACAUAAUCCCUCAUUAUACAACAUCAUAUUCACAGCCCAAUUCAUCUCCUCAAAUGAAUAUUCCUUCUUCGUCUAACCAUAUUUCCCGUUUAUCGCAUUUAGUUCUGAAUAAAGACACCCUU